AUGGACGAGGCAAAGUACCAUCAGGUGGACGGGUGGUUGGGCGACUAUUAUCAGAAGACCGGCUUCUCCCACGCGGUAGUACUACCUCCCAAUGCUCAACUUGUCAUCGCAUCCGGCCAGCCCGGCCUGAGCCGCGACGUACGCAUGUCCUCAUCGCCGACAGAGCAGAUAGAGUCGUGCUUCGAUAACGCCGACGCAGCACUCAAAGCUGCCGGGGUCAAGGAAGGUCUUUUCAAGGCGCACAAAAUCCAUUGCUGGCUCCUUGACACUAGUCAUGAGGAAGCAAUGAUGGAAAUUUGGAGGAGGAGAUGGCCUGAUCACCGACCGACGUGGAUGACGAUAGGCAUCAAUGCUCUUUGCGGCGAGGGAAUGAUCGUUGAGAUCCAGGCAGAGGCACAUAUUUUACCUCCAAAGCAGCGUCUCUAG